GGCGCGCUGGAGGCCGCCAUGGCCAAGCAGUACGACUCGGUGGAGUGUCCCUUCUGCGACGAGGUCACCAAGUACGAGAAGCUGGCCAAGAUCGGCCAAGGCACCUUCGGGGAGGUGUUUAAGGCCAAGCAUCGCAAGACCGGCCAGAAAGUGGCUCUGAAGAAGGUUCUGAUGGAGAAUGAGAAAGAGGGGUUCCCCAUUACAGCCCUGCGGGAAAUCAAGAUCCUUCAGCUUCUAAAACACGAGAAUGUGGUCAACUUAAUUGAGAUCUGUCGGACCAAAGCUUCCCCUUAUAAUCGCUGCAAAGGCAGCAUCUAUCUGGUGUUUGACUUCUGCGAGCAUGACCUGGCCGGCCUGCUCAGCAAUGUCUUGGUCAAGUUCACACUGGCUGAGAUUAAGAGGGUCAUGCAGAUGCUGCUGAAUGGCCUCUACUACAUCCACCGGAACAAGAUCCUGCACAGGGACAUGAAGGCCGCCAACGUCCUCAUCACUCGAGAUGGGGUCCUGAAGUUGGCAGACUUCGGGCUGGCCCGAGCCUUCAGCCUGGCCAAGAAUAGCCAGCCUAACCGCUACACCAAUCGCGUGGUGACGCUCUGGUACCGGCCUCCAGAGCUGUUGCUCGGGGAGCGGGACUACGGCCCCCCCAUUGACCUGUGGGGUGCUGGAUGCAUCAUGGCGGAGAUGUGGACCCGCAGCCCUAUCAUGCAGGGCAACACGGAGCAGCACCAGCUCGCCCUCAUCAGCCAGCUCUGUGGUUCCAUCACCACUGAGGUAUGGCCCAAUGUGGACAAAUAUGAGCUGUUUGAAAAGCUGGAGCUGGUCAAGGGCCAGAAGCGAAAGGUGAAGGACAGGCUCAAGGCCUAUGUGCGGGACCCCUACGCGCUGGACCUCAUCGACAAGCUGCUGGUGUUGGACCCCUCGCAACGCAUCGACAGCGAUGACGCCCUCAACCACGACUUCUUCUGGUCCGACCCCAUGCCUUCGGACCUCAAGGGCAUGCUGUCCACACACCUGACGUCCAUGUUCGAGUACCUGGCCCCGCCGCGCCGGAAGGGCAGCCAGAUCACUCAGCAGGCCACCAACCAGAGCCGCAACCCUGCCACCACCAAUCAGACAGAGUUCGAGCGCGUCUUUUGAGUGGCCCUGCUCCAAGUUGGGACCGUCUGGUGGGGACUGUAGGGGGGAUUGUUUCCUCCUCGUGCACAUUUUAUUGAAGCCCCACCGUGGGCUCCGGUGGCAGCCCCAGCUGAACGUACUGGAGGGCUUUAAAGCAAAGUCACGAGGGGUGCCAAGCUGAGCCCACUUUUGUAGCUGGGCUUUUGGAGUGCUGCCGGCAGCCUGGGGGGUAUUCAUUAUAGCCCCUUGGGCAAUAACGGGCUGGAUGGAGAGAUUUCCCCCAGCCCUCCCGGAACUUGCUACAAAUUCUCAGCAUUGUGGGAAGAGGCAGUGGUUCCCUCACUUAGCCCAGACUCAGAUUGAGAAACUGAAGUGGGGGCCAGUCUUGGGAUGGGGGCUGCCUGUGGCCCGGCCUCCCCACAAGCACUGUGGCUGGUCAAAGCUUGGUUUCUUCCAUAGGAGGAUUUUACUGUGGGUUUUUGUUGGGUUUGGAGACUUCCAUGGAUGGAGUUGGGUAGGUUGUGAUUAAAGUUGAGUCUUUUUUUAGUAA